UUUACAGCUCACCAACGACGUCUAAAAGUGGCGUUUUUACCGGCCGCUGUUUCCGCAUUGUGUAGGCUUGCCAAGCAUUCUAUAAUUGCCAAAUAUGAGACGCGGUUCACGCGCACAAUGUCGACCGCUGGCUGUCACUUUAAUCGCCUUUCUCGGUGGCUGUCUUUCCCAAAUCGGUUGGCAGGCGCUGGCGAAGACUUUGCUGCAUUUGGGUUGGCUACAGGCAUCUCAAACACCACUUCGAGGCAUGUCCCGUUUGCUUGUGCGCUCGACUGUCGUCCAACGGUCGCCAACAGCACAAAGUUGAAAUAG